AUGUCAUGGUUUGCCCGAUCAAUCGCCAAUACGCUCAAAUUCGACGAUGACGAAGAUGACGCCAUCACCGGCAUCAAGCCCGAACAGGAAAACCACCUCCAAGACAACGAUGUUUCAUCUCCAACAUCGCCGUCGCGCGGCGUCAAAGAAGACAUCUCGGAACUGACCAAAACCCUCAAGAACCAGUUCUGGGGUGUAGCCUCAUUUCUGGCCCCACCGCCACAGCUCGAUCCGAACAACUCGGAACAAGAUCAGGAACCGGAUCCGGAUGGUAAAUCGGGGAUCCGUACUGACUUAGCUGAGAUCGGGGGAAGGUUCAGGAGCGGAAUUUCGAAGCUGUCGAAUAACAUCAACGUGACUGAAAUUACCAAAAUGGCUUCGAAUUUCCUACAGUUGGAAUCUGAUGAUGAAAUCGGUAAUACAGAGCAUUUUGAUUAUGCGAGUAAAAAAGUAGUUGGUGUGACUGAGGAAGUGGUGGCUUUCGCGAGGGAUAUUGCGAUGCAUCCCAAAACUUGGUUGGAUUUCCCAUUGCCUGAAAAUGACGGUGAUGAUGAUGAUUUUGACAUGUCUGAUGCCCAACAAGAACAUGCCUUAGCUGUUGAGCAUCUUACCCCAAGAUUAUCUGCUUUGAGGUUUGAGCUUUGCCCAGGAUACAUGAGUGAAAGUUGCUUCUGGAAGAUCUAUUUUGUACUCCUGCACCCUCAACUGGAUAAAGAGGAUGCUGAAAUCUUAUCAACAUCCCAGAUAAUAAAAGCCAGAGCCUUGCUUGCACAGGAGUCAAAGAACCAGACACCAACAAAGCUAGGAGACUUCCCUGGAAAAGGAUCUUCUGAUCCAAAAGAUGCCACCGCUUCUUGUCAUGAAGACGCCCUUUAUGUGUCAUCUGCCUUACCUUCUGAAAAUAAGCUUGAAAAAUCAUCUGCCCUUGAAUUAAGCACUUCUACUGCAGCAGCUGCUGCUUCUGAAAUUGUGAAGCACCCAGUCGAGAGCACUGAAAUCCCAAUUAUUGACAAAGCGGUGAUUGAAGAAGAGGUUGUCAAGCAAGUCAAGGAUCAAAAGAACUCUGAUCCCUCUAAUGUUUUGGCAGUGAAGGAUGAGGAUGAUGGUGAUGACUGGUUAAAAGAAGAGAGUUCUGAAAUUGGUGGUGCAGGUGGAACCACCAUCCCAGUUGAGAACGAGGAUGAUGUGUCAUUUAGUGAUCUUGAAGAAGAUGAUGGAGAUGUGCCUGCUAAUUUCAGAAAAACAAAUUACAAUUCUGAUAAAGACUCACCAGACUGGUUAGACAUUGAAGAAAUUGAUAUGUCGUGA